AUGACGGGGCCCAUACGACCAAAACUGAAUGCCAUCGCAGCACUCUUUGCUCUAAUUACGGUGUCCGUAACCGCUCUUAAUCAAGCCUCGCUAAGUGACGCACCUUCCGUAAGACUCCACGUCACUUCCAAGCGCGCAUCGUUGCACAUUCACGGACAGUCUGAAUUCGACGUCUUUGCCAAUCCGGUGGUGUCCGCUAACGGAUUACGUGUGUUGUAUGAUGGUUAUGCGACUUUCAAGGAGGAAGGCAACACCUUCACAUACUCGUACACCGAUGGUGUCGGCUACUUAUUGACGAACGAUGACAAGCAAAACAUCCAAUGUAUCCCAUCAAGUACUCUACCGUUCCACUCAAUCCUGCCUGCACUGAACGACGCGACACCUAUUCCGAGCGCCUCUAUCGGCGACGAAGCGGUCGAGUGCUCAAGCGGAAACCUUUUUAAAACAACGUUUGCUGGGGUCCACUUCGCUAUCUGCGCGUCAGGUGAGUCCGGCUUCACGGCAUUCAGUAGUGACUUCACGAUCGACGUCGAGUAUUUGGAGAACCCUGUCACAAUUCCGACAAAUAGAGAAGCUAAGUGCGAUGCCGUCGCUACACCUACAUCUGUGACUCCGACUGCGUUAGCGCUAAUAACUGGAAGUCUCAUACCAGCAAGCACCACGAGACAUCUCAAGACUGCAGAGCACAUGGUGAUGGAAGCUUCGUCAUGUAAAUGCAAGUCUACGCCUCGUCCGUGCAUUUUCUUCCAUGGUAUUGGCAACUCGAACGAAAUGGAGGAGCUGCAGAACACUCCUAAACACGCAGGUGGUCGAAUGGGUAACAUGAAUAGACAUGCACCCUGCUGCUCUACCGUAAAGUACGCCGUCUUGAACACCAUGGACACCAGGUGGACCAACGACACUUUGCAAGAAAAAUUCUGCGACCGAGCUCUGCGAUUUAGUGACAUCAGUCUCGCGAAAGCAGGUAAAAUUACGGACACCGUAAUUAUCACGCAUUCGAUGGCUGGACUUGUCAUGUCGAUGGCCAUAGCUACGGACAAAUGCAGUUUCGGCGAAGGCUCUACGUGGGUGGCUUUAAGUUCUCCUAUGACGGGCAGUAUGGCUUCCGACUAUUUCCAAGACUUUUGUAACGAUGAGAUCAGCAAAAUCGCCACUGAUCUAUUGGAUAUAUUGGGCCAAUGCCCCAUGCCGAAAGCUCGACAAUCGAUCAUGUACCAGAACGGAAAAUACGCGUCCAAGAAGCUCAACGCAGCGUACCUCAAAGCUCAGAAAGCUUACCGGGAGAACGUUGACGCUGCAAUGUGUAGUGACAACCCGAAAGGCGUUUUCUCCAUGUACCAGUCAAUGAUGCUCCUGGCUGCUAGUGUUAUUCCACACAAGUCACCUCAGAACGAUGCUCUUGUGGAGUUUCAGAGUUGUUCUAAAGGUCUGGAUAUCUCCAAGUUCGGCAAAAGUUACAAGGAUACGUUCUACAAACCGGAGUUAAAUCACGCAGACACGGUCUUCCUGACUAGCGACGGGUGGCUCAAGGAUUCUCAGAAACCAGCGAAAUGGUUUGAAUGUUUGUUGUAG